AAAAUUGGAAAGAGAAGCAAGAGAAAUGGCUGCACUAAUCUCUUCUCUUCUCAUUCUCUCCCUUGUUCAUGUUGGUGAUGCUCUGAGUGUAGAUUAUUAUGCCGAGACUUGCCCAAAUGUUGAGACGGCAGUAACAGAGGCCGUGAAGAAUGCAAUGGCUAAUGAUCGAACAGUUCCUGCAGCAUUGCUUCGCAUGCAUUUCCAUGAUUGUUUCAUUAGGGGUUGUGAUGGUUCAGUGUUACUGAACUCGAAGGGGAAUAACACCGCAGAGAAGGAUGGACCUCCCAACAUCUCAUUGCAUGCUUUCUACGUGAUUGACAAUGCUAAGAAAGCAGUGGAAGCAACGUGCCCAGGUGUAGUUUCAUGUGCAGAUAUAUUGGCUCUUGCUGCAAGAGAUGCAGUGGUCCUGUCUGGGGGCCCCACAUGGGAGGUUCCUAAAGGAAGACUAGAUGGGAGGGUUUCCAAGGCCAGUGAGACAACUCAAUUGCCAGCUCCCACCUUCAACUUCUCCCAACUGAAGCAAAGCUUCUCUCAGAGAGGCCUUUCCACAGAAGAUCUAGUGGCACUCUCAGGUGGACACACCCUAGGGUUCUCUCAUUGCUCCUCCUUCCAGAAUAGAAUACACAACUUUGAUGCUAGUCGUGAUAUCGACCCUUCGAUGAAUCCUUCCUUCGCAGCAAGCCUUCAAAAGGUGUGCCCUGCUCAUAACAAGGUGAAAAAUGCAGGAUCAACCAUGGACUCCACAACCACAACAUUCGACAAUGUCUAUUACAAGCUACUCCUACAAGGGAAGAGUCUGUUCUCUUCAGACCAAGCUCUUCUAACUGAUCCCAAGACCAAAGGGUUGGCUUCCAUAUUUGCCACCUCACAAGAAGAAUUCAAUGAAGCAUUUGUCAACUCUAUGAUCAAAAUGAGUGAAAUAACGGGUGGACAAGAAGUGCGGUUGGACUGCAGGGUGGUUAAUGCGCAAAAGUGAUUAGAUCGAUGGUGAUUAUUGGGAACUUUUAAAUUUUUCAUUUAGGAUUUAUCUUUAUGCCUUUGUGUGUGCAUGGGGAAUAAAAAGAGGUGGAAACAAAAAAAGAUUUCACAUUUCAAAUGAACUCUGGUAAGAGACGUGUUUUGCUACUUGUCUGUAAGGGGGAAAAAAUCAGUGAGUGCUAGCAUAAACAUUCACGAGUGGGAAGUUUAAAAUCUUCCUAUUGUUUUUUGCAAAUUAAUUAAAAUUAUCAUCUAUCUGUAUUCUCUUUUUCUGUUU